UAUCAAGAAGAAUGACACACUUUUGAGUCUCUGCAAAUUUGGGGUUUGUAAAAAGUACUCGUAUUCAUAAAUUUCUUCAUUUCCCAUCUUUUCUUAUUAUCCAGAAAAUACCAGUUUUAACUCAGUUAUACUCGGCCUAAUAUUCUGCCUUUGUGUUUAAAGGAUUACUUAUAAGAGGUGUAAGCAGUUAAAGAUUGUGAAUCUUGGAGUUCCUUUGUUUUUGUGGAUAAAAAAUGGGUGAUCAUUUUGUGUUUUUGGUUGACCGGUUACUCACUGAGUCAACUUUGGAGGCUGCAAUUGAAAGCAGAAAUCUUUUGGAUCCAGUAGUAGCUUCAUCUAAUGAAGCAGUAAUUGAUUGUUGUUCAAGUAAAAAAAUGGUUGAAUGUAGGAUAUGUCAAGGUGAUGACUUUGAUUUCAAAAUGGAGACACCUUGUUCUUGUUCUGGUACCUUGAAGUAUGCUCAUCGCAGAUGUGUUCAAAGAUGGUGCAAUGCUAAGGGUGAUAUCAUAUGUGAAAUAUGCCACCAGCAAUUCAAGCCGGGGUACGUAGCACCACCUCCAAUAUUCCGCCUAGGAGGCAUUCCAGCUAAUUUCAGGGGGCAUUGGCCGAUUGCCAGGAGGGAUAUGAUUGAAAACCCUCGAAUAAUUACCAUUGUUUCUUCAGAUCAAAAUUUGCUUGAUCAAGAAUAUGAUGAAUAUGCAGAUUCCACGGCCAGAAGUAUUCUAUGUUUCCGUUCAGCUGCUGUCAUUUUUAUGAUUCUCCUGUUUUUGCGGCACAUGCUACCCAUAUUCGAAACUGGAGUGGGGAGUUACAAUUUACCAGUGUUUUUGUUACAACUUCUACGAACUUCAGCAAUCAUUGUACCAAUUUACAUCAUCCUAAAAGCCAUGACUGCCUUGUUCAAUAGGCGAUACCAGCUGCCCUCUAAUGCAUCAACGCCAUCUUCUGAUGAAGAAGCCAGUCCAUUGCCUUUGCGGAGUCAACAACACACCAGCCGUGUUAAUUGAUACUUUUUGGCGCGAUUUAAGCAAUCAAUCACGUGUUCUUGAAAGUGGUGCUUUAAUUCAAACAGAUGCAACUCAUCAUAUAUGGAGUUAAUCGGACAUGCACCCGUCAAGGUUAGAUGUAUUUCAAAUAUCAUAUGAUGCUUAUAAGCUAAUCCGACUUGAAAAUGUAUUGUUAUCGUAUGUCACUGCUUUAAAAUAAUCUUUAAUGUAUAGUUUCUUUAUCAAACUUUCUAUAUGUAAAUGUUAAAUCAACAAAUGGAACCACGCAAGCCUGAAAUAUC